UGAUGGAUGAUUCUUACUUCAUUCUUUGAUGAAAGCUUCUGGGUUGGUGUGCCUGCUUCUAGGAAUCAGCUUUCAAGUAGAAGUGGCCUUUUGGACCCAGUGUUGCUCUGAGACGAAACCAAAAAGCUAACAAGACGUCAUAACUGACUUACAUAGGAAACCCACCGGACGAUACAAUGGCUGAAUUUUGUAUUUGUUUCAACUGGUGCAGUAGUGAAGAGCCCCAACCAAAGAGGCAUCAGAGACUAGAUCGGAGUAUGAUAGGAGAACCAAUGAACUUUGUGCACAUGGCUCAUGUUGGAACAAGAGAAAUCAUUAAUGGCUUAGCAUCUGUUGGGUCAAUUCAGGACUAUAUGAAGUCUAAAGGUGGCUAUGCAAAUGAUAAUUCUACAAAUGCACAGCUAUAGAAAAAAUUAAAGGAAGGCUGAAGCACCUGUGCUGAAAUCCUGAAAAUCUGUAUUGCUAGAAGGCCUCACUUGUUUGCACUGAUAUAUUGCAGGAUAAACUCCACUUCCCCAAUAGCAUGUUAUAGUUCUGUACUAUUUCUCUAACCUAGCUCUUUUGGUGUUUCACAGUCUAGAUCACUGGUCUUUGGUGGAACUGUUGGUGUUGAUGUCUCAUUUUAUAGACUAGAAUUUGUCUUCCAAUAUCAUUGAUUUGCCUGUUUUGAGAAAGGCUAGUGAAGCUUCUGUGGCACUGCAAGGCUUUUAUGAUGGUUACUUAACUUAAAGUAAGUCCUGGGUAAAUGUGAAGGAAAGAUGCCUUUCCAUCACUUUGCUCACUACUACAGUUUAUCACUUCCACAACUACUGGAAAAAAGCUGGGUAACACUAGAUGGACCUUUGGAAUGCUCACAAACUGUAUGAUAAUGCUACACAUAUGUAUUAAAUAUACUGUAUUUUAAACUUUUAAAAAUGGUUUUAGUUCUAUUGUUAUAGAUGCUAACCAGUCAUAGGACUUCCAUUAGUAGUGGCCAAGGCAAGCUACACCAGACUUUAUGCAAUAACCUGUCUGUUUGGAAGAUACCUGGGAGAGGCAUUUGGACCCUGUUGUUGCUCACUUUAAGUGCAUUAGAAGUGCUUAAUUAUGUGGGGGUUUUUUGUUUGGUUGGUUUGUUUGUUUGUUUUUAAAUUAAGUAUAUGACGGCUUAAAUAAGAUUAGAUUAGGAAGAUUGAUAUUAACUAAUGGAAAUUUCUUGAUACUCUAUCGGUAACUAUUUUAAGUAUAGUCACUAUGUUUAUAGUGCUGGCACUGUGUGAGGUGCUUUUGUUUCAGAUUAAUAAUCCUAUGGAGGGAUACCUGAGUAAAAUUACAGGGUUGUUUUCCUCUCUUCUGAAAGACUAAAUAUGGAAACUUCUGUAUAUUACAAGUGUAAAUAGGUAAUUAUCUCAAUCCAAAACCUUGAGUAGCUGUAUAACUCAAAGCCAUGACAACUAACUUGCUUAAACAUAAGCUGAAUUUUUUAUUUUUUUUUUUAUCCAAAUCUGGACUCUGAAUAGGCAAACAGGAAGCUAGUAGAACUCAUUCUUUCCUGGGGAAGUGAGAUCACAGGCUUCUUGAGUUGUGGUUUUCUGUUUUGUGUAGUUUUUUUGUUUUUGUGUUUGGUUUUUUUUAAAAUAUUUUUAGAAUUGAAAUUUGCCUUUCAAAAAGAUAAAUCUUUAACUCUCUUUUAAUGUGACUUGAUCAUUGCUAUUAAUCCGUUUCUCCCUUCCCCCCUCCCCCCCAUUAAUUUGGAGAGAGAAAAUCUUUUUUUUUUUACUUUGCUACAAUGUUCCUGCAUAGUUCUUGGGCAUUACAGCGCUGCUCAUGUAUAGGUGCCACUAAUUACAGCAUGUCAGAGCAGACUCUAUUGAGUGCCCCACACUCCUCCCAUUCCCUGACCAUGUGUAUAUAUGCCCCAGGAGGCCUAAGACAAAGACAUGUCCUGUGUGUCUAAACAGGCUCUAAGGGAAACUGUUAAUUUCUCUCUGGCAAACUGCUGCAAUAAAAACAGUAAUAUUCUUAUCGGAA